AUGGAUGGUUUCGAUGCAGGAGAAAUCCUUUGCUACAGAGUGGUAGAGGAUCAUUGGCAUACCUCUUUGGCCAAGCUGAAGUCCUUCUCAGCCAAGACUGUGCAGCUGUUAAAGGAGUGGACAGAGGCCUUCUCCUGUGACUUCCAGGAUGAGAAGGCCAUGGUUGAACCGAAGACUAUUACCCACCGGGUCACACAGUGUAAUGAGGAGAAUGGCACAGUGAAGAAGGCUAUUUCCCAAAUGACACAGAGCCUGCUGCUGUAGCCGGCUGCCCAGAGCCAGCUUCAGGAGCUGUGGGAAAAGAUUCCCUCACCAGCCAUGGACAAAGGGUCUUUCCUCAAGGCUAAGCCACCAGCCACUCAGAAGGACAUCCUGGGUGUGUGCUUUGACCCCCUGGUGCUGGCCCAGCAGCUGACUCAUAUUGAGCUGGAGAGGAUCAAUAGCAUUCACCCUGAGGAUCUGAUGCAGAUCGUCAGCCACAUGAACUCUCGGGACAAGCACCGGUGCCAAGGGGACCUGACCAAGACAUAUAGCCUGGAAGCCUGUGAGUGGUUCAACUGCCUUAGCAUGCUAGUGGCCACUGAGGUGUGCCAGGUGGUGAAGAAGAAGCACUGGACUCACAUGCUAGAGUUCUUUCUUGCUGUGGCCCAGAAGCACUUUAAUAUCGGGAAUUUCAACUCCAUGAUGUCCAUCAUCUCUGGCAUGAACCUCAGUCCUGUGGCGAGGCUUAAGAAAACGUGGUCCAAAGUCAAGAUGGCCAAGUUUGACAUCUUGGAGCACCACAUGGACCCAUCCAGCAACUUCUGCAACUACCGCACGGCCCUGCAGGGGGCCACACAAAGGUCCCAGAUGGCCAACAACAGCAGAGAGAAGAUUGUUAUCCCUGUAUUCAACCUUUUCGUUAAGGACAUUUACUUCCUGCACAAAAUCCAUACCAAUCACUUGCCCAAUGGGAAUGUUAACUUCAAGGAAUUUAGGGAAAUCUCCAGACAAAUCCAUGAGUUCAUGACAUCGACUCAGGUAGAUUGUCCCUUCGAGAAGGACAAGAAGAUUCAGAACUACCUGCUCACGGCACCCAUCUGGAGCGAGGAAGCUCUCUUCAUCAUCUCCUUUGAAAGUGAAGGUCCUGAAAACCACAUCGAGAAGGAUAGCUGGAAGACUCUUAGGAUGACUCUCCUUAACAGAGCCUGAAGGCAUGGAUGCAGCCUGCAGAUGCUGGAUGAAGUACAC